UCUGGAGUGUCGUUACCUGGCAGCUUUCCUGAGUAUAUUAUUACCAGAACCGCAAAUUUGAGGAAAAGGGAGGAGUGUAUUACCAUUUGGUCGAUGCCUGAGGAUUAUGGACCAUUAGGUUGACGACCGGCAGUGUUACGGCUUUGGAUAACAGCCUGAUACAGUGUAGCUACUCUUUUAUUCACACAUUUUUUUAACGCGCCCGUGACUAAUAUUUAGUUGUUUUUAUUUUUAUUGCACAAUGUUGAAUUUAGCGCUUUUUUUCGACGUGAAGGAUACUCGAGGAAUAUCGUUUUGUUGUUGUUGUUGGACAUGAAUGUGUAAGGUGUAAAAAAAACAAAAAAAACAAAAAAAACACCAGUAUGAUACAAUAUUUUGACAUUUGUGUUAUUUUUGUGUUACGCUCUAUUGCGCAUGCCUAGUGGUAGAUAUAGAGAGAUCUGUCCGACGCCACUUCGCACCUUCCCGGCCGUGAUGUAGGAGCAAAAGUGAAGGGAGCAGAGGACUGAAAAAGAAAAAGAAAAAAAAAUGCGUUGGCAAAGUGGCAGCGUGGCGAGCAGCAAAGGAUUUGACUUCACGAUCCUUCAAGAAACAGACUGUGCCACAAACUGAAGAAUGUCAGGGACACCAGAUGCAGAGGUUGAAGGAGUAGUCUCCAAAGUGAAAGUGAAAAAGGAGAUCAAGACAAUCGUGGAGAAUUUGGAAACCAUCCUGGGGGACCUGAAGGAUGUAGCCAAAGAGCUCAAAGAGGUUGUUCAUGAUAUUGACACCUUGACUUGUGACCUGCAACUGGACGGAGGACUGGAGGACGGGCUGACAGACAGCUCUAAGACGGACACCCUCAACUCCAGCUCCAGUUCCACCACCACCACCACCACCGCUUCCAGUCUGGAGAAGAUGAAGCUCUUCCCCGACGACUGCAUCUUCAAACCACCUACGCCCAUCCCACCGGUCCCCAUCAUCACCCCCACAGUCCUGACUGUACUCAAGAAACCCCACCCGCCCUUACCCCCACCCAGACUCACCCCGAUGAGAGCCGAGGAUCACAACAUUAAGAAUCUGCCUCACCCAACAUUAGUGUUAUCAGGGAAUAUAUCCAAGGCUAACGGGUCUCUGUUGAGGAACGGUGGGGUUUUCCCAUUGAAACCAAACAGGGAGUUAUUCUCCUCCACACCGUGUUUCAUCUCUAGUGACAGCGGGAUCCCUGAGUCUGGGCUUGUUCCUACAUUGCCCAGGCCAAUGCCUCUCCUCCAUCAUGAAAAGAACAAAUGCCCCAAGGCCCCCAGCAGGGAGCCCCGUGAGAGGGAGCGUGUUCGUUUCAGUGAGAAGGUCCAGUACCAUGGCUACUGCCCGGACUGUGACCUUCAAUACGAUGUAGACGACACAGAACUACACUUACAGACUGAGCUGAAUGACUUAAGGCUCAGCCCUGUGCACUGCUGCUCUUCUUCCUCCCCUCCUCCUCAUCCUCCUCAUUCCCUUCCCCACGAACUGAUGUUGGAGAACGGCGGCCUCUCAGUCAGCCACAGUUUCCCGCCGAAAGCAAACCCUCCUCCACCUUGUGUGCCUCCUCAUCCGACUUCCCUCAAGCCCCAGAAAACAAUCCUACGCAAAUCAACCACAACCACAGUUUGACACCGAACCCCUCGUUCUGUCUAACUUAAACAUUCUUGAAUCAUUCAUAGUGUUUUCUACUUUAUGAGCGCUUUCUACUCGAGAUGAACUUUGGAUUACCCAAAUAGAGAGAGAGAAAGGGUUGGGAAAUAGGAAACAAAAGAAUG